AUGCAGAUCAGGCAAAGACCUGAGUUGCCUGUGGAACUCUGGAUGCACAUCUUGGACGAUGUUGUGAAUGAGCGGAACCACGAUGCCAUAGCAAGAUGCGCGAUGGUCUGCCGAUUCUUCCAGCACAUGUGUAAGAAGCAUUUGAAGGGCCAGUUGACGUUCGGAAGCGAAGAGUGUUGGAACUUGAGAUUGUGGCGAGCGCAUGCCACCGUAUUUGGCAUUGUUUGUAGUACCUCGCAGACUUUGCGCGAGCCGUCCUGUAUGUUCCUUACGCGUUUGACAGAGCUCAGACAAACGCGAUAUAUCUUCGUUGAUCGUUCUCGCUUCGGGUCUCGGACGAACUUUAACAAAGAGGACGUGGAGCGCCUCAAGACAGAUACUACAGCGAAGGAGAUCGGGGGCUGGCGAGGACCACAACGCGUGUGCAUCAGGGGAGAAAAUGAUUCGAAAGCGAUUCCACACGUGGCCACUCUCGCAUUCAGAUUUGCAGGCAGAUGGACUCGGAUAGAGAAGCUGAACAUCAGAAAGGCAUUAUGGCCGUUGUCGCUCCGGGCCGCCAAUGCCGCCGUCUUCCGGGAUUUGUCCUGCUUUGCCUCGAUAACCCGCCUCGGCUUGUAUGACGUCACGUUUCCAUCCAUCAUCGCAUUUGGCGCCCUCGUCUCUGCUCUGUCGGGCCUCGAAAAACUCCAUCUCCGCGAUGUUAAGCUCACUGGAUCCUCAGCUCUAUUCGACCCUCGUACGCUUUCCGACUUUCGGCUGCUGCCACCAACCAAGAACCUGCGGCAUAUUACCCUGGGUCACGCGGCCUACGACGGCUUGCAUGAGUUCUUUCCUUCUGCAUGGCCAUGCUAUACAGAACUUCUUGCCUUCAUGACCGCCGUAAGCAAUCCCUGUGGCAAGUCCCCUCGCGUCUAUCCAUGGGGCUCCGUCCGCAACUUGCGACUCGAUGAGAAUGUCUGGUGGAAAUUCUCCUCCUGCUCCAUUGCCCGUCUCCUGCGCGCACUUCCAUCACUUGAGAACCUAGAGUUUGCAACUGCAGAUAGUCACCUUGCGAACGUUGAGAUCACAGGUGUCCCCACGCAUCCCAGGCCGAAACCGAUCACAAUUGGCGUGCAUUGUGCCAGUGCCCAGCCUCGGAAUGUGGCUCAUAUUAUCCGUUGCUUGAUCCACAUGGACUUUCCCCUCACAAUUAUGCGAAUCUAUGCUACGGUAUAUCCCUUCCUACAAGACGCUCAUAGGUUGGUGGCCACUGCCAUCAGUGAAUUGGUUCAGCAUGCCGGACCGUCACUCGACGAUCUUGGUGUUUUUCUCCAAGGCGAUAGAUACGACAGUGUUAUCCCAAUUGAUGCUGCUGCAGACCGAUACCGUCAAUGUGAUCUCUUUGCGACCACAAAACCCAUGUCCCUUCGAGUUUAUGGUUGUGAAGCGUCCUGCCUUGGCGUGCGCGAGAUUCUAUCUCACGUUACAUCAAGAUGCGUCUCUUCCAUUAGCAUCCGUUUCAAACCGUUGGAACCAAGUGAUCGGGGAGAGUUGAGCGAGGGCCUUUCGCAAUUGGACACCGUGCUUUUGCUUCCUGUCUUCGACAAUCUCGUGCACGUACUCAUAUCGCUGAAAUUUCGUUGGUCUCGGCCUCGGCUAGAGAUGAAGGAGUGUGCGCACUUCAUGAAGUCAUGGUUGCUUAGACUCCACGAACGGGGAGUUCUAGGGAUUGAAAUAUGUGACGAAAACUGGCGGUAG